AUGAUGUCAUCAGAGGAGGACACUGAUUCUUUCGGUUUGUACGUCGAUAAGUUGCUAAAGAAACAUAAACGAGCCAGACAGCGCGUAGACGCGGGAGAGCCAAGAAAUAGUUAUUCUUCGAUACCGAACUUUAGUUCAAGACCGUCCUUCAUGAGCGGUGGUCUAUACGGGGCUAUUUUUAGCCAAAGCCAGCAGCAUUUCGGUGGACUGUUUGGUCCCGGUGGAUACGGACCGGCAAACAAGAUGCUCAACGAGUUGUUGGGAAGACAAGUGAAGCAAGCACAAGACGCCUCUGAUCCGGACAGUGUUAUGCUAUCGUCGAUUGAAGCAGCCAACGUAGCGGAUAGCAAUACCCCAACAAGCAAGCAUGGAUUUGAAAGUACGACAAAUCUGAACAAUAAUAAUAACAGUACGAAUAACAACAAUACCAGUGCUAAUAACAACUCACCCACAUCGGAUGGAUCAGUUUCCAUGAUGGGCCGAAGGAGAAGUAAUAGUCAGAACAACACUGCCAACAGUGGCAACAACAACAGUAACAGUAAUAGCAGUGGUGUUAUAGACCUUGACGGUGGUUCUAGAACACCACAGCCAAACGAUUUGGCGCAUCACAUGUUGCGAAACAUUCUUCAAGGUAAGAAGGAGUUAAUGGCCCUCGAUCACGAAUUACGAACGGUGAGCAAUCAAAGCAGUGUGCUCGGUGAUCGAAUAUCGCCUGAUAACAACAAUGUGAUUAGCAAGAAUAACAAUAUUUAUGACAUUACGAAAUGUGAAACGGUGAACGGUGAUGUUAGUGACUCUAGCGACCAAGGUGCUAAUAAUAAUAGUGCUUCUACCAAAGUGAACCACAAGAACAACGCGACAAAUAAUCAAACCAAUAACAGUGAUAACAGUCAGUCUAAUAGGCCAAUUUCUAUCGAUUCAAAUGCUAGCAAUUGUGAUGAUAUGUUGGUCUCGGACCUGGCUCACACCGAGCGACUUCUGAAUGGAGGUGUUAAUUCUAACAGCACUGGAAGCAGUAAUCGGUGUGCCAGUGUGAACCCGAAGCAGGAGAAAAGUGAUGUGAUUGAUGAAUUGGUGGCAUCGCUUCCGGAAGAUGCCGAUGAAACAAUGCCAUCUCCUGCCUCGGGCAGCAACGGUGUGAUAAUUACCAAACAAGAGCUGGACAUUGAUGAGUGCCUAGAGGAUAAAGAUAGGGAUAACAGAACGCCGAGCCCAGUGCAGAGUAAGAAUGAUUCUGAAUCACUUACGCUGAAGCGGGCACGAGUAGAAAAUAUAGUGUCAUCGAUGCGUGUCAGUCCGGCUUUGUUGUCGUCGCAACCAAAUCAAGUCAAUGGUUGUAAGAAACGAAAACUAUAUCACCCACAGCAGCAUGAUAACAGUGCUGCUGAGCGCUAUGCUGCUGCUGCAGCGGCUGGCUUAAAUUUGGGUCUUACGUUGCAGAAUUUCAUGCUUGGUGCCAGCGUGGAUCCAGACGAUGAUGAUGACGACAUGGAAGUUACUCCACACAUCCAUCAGAAACGGGUGGAGAAAGACGUACUUAAAUCUCAGCUGAGAUCGAUGCAGGAGCAGUUGGCGGAAAUGCAGCAAAAAUAUGUGCAAUUAUGUUCGCGAAUGGAGCAACAAUCCGAUACGCAGGAGGUAGAAGAUAGCGUUAGUGAUAUCAUGGAAGACGAUUCGAAUAAUCCUGAUCUGACUCCAGACAAGUCUUUGCUGCAAAGCUCGCCGGCAUCUACUCCGAUCAAAGACGUUGGUAAGAAUACGGAUGCGUCGAGUAUGCUUCAGAUGAUGAGCAAGAUGAUGUCGGCAAAGAUUCAUAGUCAAAUGCCUCCACACCACCAGCACCUGCAAAGCGGCUUUAACGGGACGCAUUUAUUCUUGCAGCAUAUGCAACAGGCCGGUCUUCCGCAUGAUAGCAUGAGCCAGCACAAUCAAAUGAGCAAUGCAGCCAUGUACCAGAAACUAUUUAUGGAGCAGGAAGCACGGAUGGUGAAAGAAGUCGCUGAACAACAGGAGAGGAACCUGCAAAAUUCGAAUCAACAGCUACUGCAGCAGCAAGCUCUACAACAGCAACAGAUUCAGCAACAACAGCAGCAACAGCAACAGCAUCAACAGCAGCAGGAACGAAAUAUGCAUAAUACCAACCAACAAUUGAUGCAACAGCAGGUUCAGCAACAAAGUCAAACUUCUCAGCCGCAACUGCAAUCACCUCCACAUCAAACAAAUCAAUCACAGCAGCAACAACAGCAACAAAUGCAAUUGCAGCAGCAACAACAACAGCAGCAGCAAAUGCAGCAGCAGCAGCCUCCCCAGCCAAGUCAUAUUUCGCCACCACAAAUGCCACAAAUGCCACAGCUACCGCAUUUGCCACAAAUACCGAAAGGUUCUACGAUUCCCUCGGAUCUAACCAAUCGGUUGAACAUGAUGCGGUCGAGUAAUAACUCUGUGGGACAAAUGUCCGGUUCAGACCUAGAAGGCCUAGCCGACGUUUUGAAAACGGAAAUCACUGCCUCGUUAUCCAACCUUGUAGAUUCGAUCGUUACGAGGUUUGUGCACCAGCGAAGAUUUCUGGGAAAACAGUCAGAAGCAGCAGCAGCCGCUGCCGAACAGCUCAACAAAGAUCUAAUGAUGGCAUCGCAACUGUUGGACCGAGCGAAGUCUCCGCGAACAAAAGUGGCAGCCGAUCGCGGGACAAACGUCAACAGUAGCAGUAGCAAUCUUUCAGGUAAUGGAUCAAUGAUUAAUACCAAUAUCAGUAAUGCACCGAACCCCAACGUGGUGAAUCAGCCUUCUGCUGGAAACCCGAUGAUAACCGGUCAGCAGAGUAACGGGGCACGAUUAAACGGCAGCACAUUCCCUCCAAUGGGAAUGCCAAUGCAUGUGAAUAAUGUGCCCCCGCACGAUCCUAAAAAUAAUCUAAAUUCAAUGAAUAUGCCACCUCAUGUUCGACCUUCUCCCUCUACAGCUAUGUUCCAAACACCGAAGCCUCCGCAAAACCUCAACUCCGUUGCUGCCGCAGCACUGUACAACUCCAUGAAUGCGCUCGGAAACAGCCAGGUGAAUCCGUUCUGUAUGCCAGAGCCUCGAGAAAACCCGGAACAAGCGGAAGCACUGAGCCUUGUGGUAACGCCGAAAAAGAAACGACACAAGGUAACCGACACGCGAAUCACCCCGCGAACCGUAAGUAGGAUUCUGGCACAGGAUGGGAUUAUUCCUUCUGCCAAUCCGAUCCAAUUAGAUCAAAACAACAGCAACCAAGGCAGCAACAACAGUAGCAGUAGCAACAGUAACAACCUAAAUGCCAACAGCACCAACGGAAACAACAAUAAUAACAACAAUAACAAUAGUAGCAAAAAUAACAAUUCGCAGCAGCAGUUCAAUAGCCAGCCACCAAGUGUGCAAGCAAGCACACCGACUGAGAGCCCCUCUCCACGAGGAUCUUUCCACCCACCACCACCUUCGAUGCUACCCGUGUCGUUGCCAACAUCGGUUGCGAUACCGAACCCCUCCCUGCACGAAUCCCAAGUGUUCUCGCCCUACAGCCCCUUUUUUAACCCACAUGGCCCCCCACACGGUGGACCACAUGGGCCACAGCCGUCGCAAUUCCAUCACAUGAAGGUUUCUUCGAGCCCGCCUGGUAUCAAUGGCAUGAUGGACCCACGCGAUUCUCCUCCGUUACCGCACCCGCCUACCAUGUUGCAUCCUGCACUGCUGGCAGCUGCCCAUCACGGCAGUUCACCCGACUAUGGCCACAUCCGAGCGUCGAUGGAUGUCAACGAUCGAAACUCCGAUUGCAACUCAGUCAACGAUAUCUCCUACAACGGCAUGGAGCCUACUUCGUCAACAUUAACCCCGAUGCACCUGCGCAAGGCAAAGCUGAUGUUCUUCUGGGUGCGCUAUCCGAGUUCUGCUGUGCUGAAGAUGUAUUUCCCCGACAUCAAGUUCAACAAAAACAACACCGCUCAGCUGGUCAAGUGGUUCUCCAACUUCAGGGAAUUCUACUAUAUUCAAAUGGAGAAGUAUGCUCGCCAAGCAGUAAGCGAAGGAAUGAAAAACGUGGACGACAUUCAUGUGAGCAACGACAGCGAAAUAUAUCGUGUUCUCAACCUACAUUAUAAUCGGAAUAAUCAUAUCGAGGUGCCCCAAAAUUUCCGAUAUGUUAUAGAACAGACACUGCGAGAGUUCUUCCGCGCCAUUCAGAGCGGGAAGGACACCGAACAGUCGUGGAAGAAAUCGAUUUACAAAAUCAUUUCAAGAAUGGAUGAUCCUGUCCCGGAAUAUUUCAAAUCUCCAAAUUUCCUGGAACAGUUGGAGUAA